AUGGAAGGUUCAGAUACAUUGUUUAACACCAAUUCUAAUCAAAAAAAUCUCACUCAACGAAUACAGACCUCGGAGAAAGAAGUUGUUAGUAAAGAGAUUGGUGCUGCUAGAGCAGAAGGUCUAUCUGACAGACCUAUCCUUAAAAUCGAUAUUCCUGCUAAUAGAUAUGAUCUCCUUUGUCAAGAGGGUAUUUCGCGUGCAUUACUAAUUUUCCAGGGAAAAGCCAAGCCGCCCUCCUAUAGAGUAGUUAAACCAGAUGGUGAAUUAGAGAAAAUACAUAUUAAGCCAGAGACAGCUCAAAUUAGACCUCACGUUGUCGGAGCCAUCCUCAGAAACAUUAGAUUUUCUGAAAGAAACUACAAUAAUUUUAUCGAUCUACAAGACAAAUUGCAUAAUAAUAUUUGCAGAAAGCGUACACUUGUAGCCAUUGGAACGCACGACUUCGACACGUUAAAGGGACCUUUUACUUAUGAGGCUCUACCUCCUAAGGAAAUUAAAUUUGCCCCCUUAAAUCAGAACAAAGAAUUCAAUGGAGAGGAAUUGAUGUCCUUCUAUGAGAACGACAAACAUUUGGGAAAAUUUCUUCACAUCAUUCGCGAUUCUCCAGUAUAUCCCGUUAUUUACGACUCUAAUCGAGUCGUUUGUUCUUUACCUCCUAUUAUUAAUGGAGACCACUCGAAGAUUACGUUGGACACAAGAAAUGUGUUUAUCGAAUGUACUGCGACCGAUUUAACUAAAGCAAAAAUAGUAUUGAACACGGUUGUCACGAUGUUUUCCGAGCACUGUGAUCAACCAUUUACGUGA